CUUCAAGCAGCUGCCUGAUCCCUCUCAAAGCCGGCCUCUUUGCCCAGCACUUCCCAUCCACUGCGCCCAUAAUGGCAAGGAACCACCAAGUGCAAAAAGCCAAGCUGGCCGAACAGGCCGAGCGCUAUGAGGACAUGGCCGACUUCAUGAAGGCGGUCGUGGAGGAUGGAGCCGAACUCUCCAACGAGGAGCGCAACCUCCUUUCCGUCGCUUACAAGAAUGUGGUGGGCUGCCAGCGGUCCGCCUGGAGGGUCAUCUCCAGCAUUGAGCACAAGACCGAGGAAGGAGACGACAAGGCUCAGUUGGUUAAUGAGUACCGGGAGAAGAUUGAAAAAGAGCUGAAGAAUGUCUGCAACAUUGUCUUGGGCCUGCUGGACAAGCAUCUCAUCCCAAAAGCCAGCGACCCAGAGAGCAAGGUUUUCUAUCUGAAGAUGAAAGGUGACUAUUUCCGCUACCUGGCUGAGGUAGCCACUGGCGAUGAUCGCAAACAGAUCAUUGAUAACGCUCGGAAAGCCUACCAAGAGGCAAUGGACAUCAGCAAGAAGGAAAUGCAACCUACAAACCCCAUCCGCCUGGGCCUCGCCCUCAAUUUUUCGGUCUUCCACUAUGAGAUUGCCAAUGCCCCAGAAGAUGCCAUCAAGCUGGCCAAGACCACCUUCGACGAGGCCAUGGGAGAUCUCCACACGCUCAGCGAAGACUCCUACAAAGACAGCACCCUCAUCAUGCAGCUUCUCAGGGACAACCUCACACUAUGGACGGCGGAGUGUUCAGGAGAAGAAGGGGGAGAGGCUGGUGAAGAGCCAAAGAACUGAACUUUUCAGACCGCUGAAGGAUGGUAACUCCUCAUUUCCUUCCUCUUUUCCUUCUACCCCUCACCUUUCCUUGCCCAUCCUAUUUUUAUAAGAUGUGGAACCAGCUCCUGAAUGUUCCAGCUGGAUUUUGACAGCAAAAAAAGGGGGACUGAUUCUACACAUGGGACUUGAGCAUUUGCCCAGCCUUCUUGGUGUGUGCCAUUUUUGGGGUUGCUGCUGUCCCUGGGCCCUGGUCUUCCUGGUAUGAGCCGCCACCCUCUGCGCAGCAGCCUCAAGCUCCUUGCUUUGCACAAACCCUUGUAUUUGGUGCAGCAUCUGUUUUCCCAAGGGUCUUCCUUAGCUAUCAUGUGGGACUGAGUUAGAUGUAUGUAUAUUUUCCAGUGUUUAACUGUUCGCGCACAGGAACCCCAAACCAAAAUCAACAACAAUCAACCAGAAAAAUGUACAUUUUGUUUUGCGUGGCAAAGGUACCAAAAUAGUAUUUGAAGAGUUUAAACCAGAGUAGUCAGUUCACCUGUAUCUCCUGUGGCACCUCUUAUUCUGCAGGGUUUUCUCAUUCCUGGGUGGGCCUUUGCCGAGGGGAAGGGAGCUCUUCUGAGUGGGUUACGGACAGGAGUCUCCAGUGGGCCUCCUGUUAUUGUGGUGUUACUGAGGUGGUUUGCUACAGUAUUCUUCCCCAAUAAAAGUUUACUUUCAU